UGGAAAUUUUACAUAAAUAAAUGUCAUACGGCGGAGAUGGAUAUUCUGGCUACUCUCGUGGAGGGAGUAGACGUGGACGUAGAGGAAGGGCCCGUGCUGGAGGUUAUCAUGAUAGCAGACCAAAGCAUCCUCAACCUCAAGGAAUUAUCAACGACCCUGCUAUUACAAUUGUUGAUCCCAAGAUACAGCAGAAGAAACCUGUCAAAAAGACAGAGGAGACUAAACAAAUAGAGAUAGAAGAUGAAUAUAAGUAUUCUAAAGCUGAGCUACUUGAAAUGUUUGCAUCAGUAAAUCUAGAGAAAGCAACUAAAAUAAUGCAAGACCACGAAGAACUUGAUUUAGUGGUGAGCCUAUCACAGACACCAGUACUUCUUUGAGAAGAGAAGCCUAGCUUGACCUUAGAAGACCUCAAAUCAAGAAAGGGAUAUGGACCCAGAAGAGGAGGAAGAAAUGAUUUUGGAAAAGAAAAAGCACCAGAUGAUUAUGAUGACGAUAUGGAUCCUGAAUGGCUCGAUGGAUUCGACGCUUCAAAGAAAUUCGAUUUUUCAAAACAAGUUCCACUCAAAAAGAUGUUUGGAGAAAAAGAUGGUGUUGAACUUGAAGAACUAGGAGGACUUGAAGAUGAUGAGACAGAGGAUAAGACUGAAGACAAUGCUAAUAUUCAACAGCCUAUUAGCAUAGAUGAGAUUGAGAAAAAGCAACUCUCAAAGUUUGAAGUUCCUACCCAACCACAGACAAAUGUUGGCGGACAAUCACAAUUCCCACAACCUCAACAAGAUUUUGGACAGUUUGGAUUUAACCAACCAGGGGUGAAUCCUCAAGGAUUUAUGCCUCAUGCUUCUGACACUCAAGGUUUUAAUCCAAAUAUGAUGCAACCCCAGCCUGGGUUCCAACAGCCAGGAGUUGGAGGUCAUCCUCCUGCUGGUCAAAGUCCUGGAUUUGGAGCACAACCAGGAUUCGGCCCUACACACGGGCAAGAUUUUGGAGGACCUUUCGGUGGGUUCCAGCAACCUCCAAUGCAAGACUUUAAUAACCCAGUGGGUAAUCCAAUGAGCCAAGGAUUUGGAGGCUUCGGUGGAGAAGCUUUUGGAGGGUUUAAUCAACCAUUUAGCAAUCCAAUGGAUUCUUUUGGAGGAGGAGAUAUGGGCUUUGGAAGCUCAUUAUUCGGAGCUCCAGCAGGAAGAGAUGAAGAGUUUGAGAAGAUAUUUGGCCAACCUUCGGCAGGUCCACCUGGAAAUGACAAAUUAUUUCAUUCACAUAAUCAACCAUCCAAAGGUCAACAGCCAGGAAUGUUUGGAGGAUAUGGUGUUGACCAGAACCAGUUCAUGCAAACAAAUGAUGAUGAAGAUGAAGAAGAUGACUGGCUGAUGGAUGAUCAGUUCCAGAGCAAAAACCUUGAGUUUAUUGAUCAACAUCAAGAUACUCCGAUAAAAGGAUCUCAGAAUCUACCAAAAGUUGGUGAAACAAUCGAUGUUGCCUAUAAGUAUGUAAAAGCUGAGAAAAAGAGAAUCCCUAAGCCUAGGAAAGCUCAUGUAUUCAAACCCAGGUUGAGAGAAAAGAAGAGAUUUGAGAAAAUGUUUGACAAGGAGAUCAAAGAAGAGACUAAUAACAAAAAGCCUCACCAACAAGAUGUAGAUAUGGUUUUGGUAAAGAAGUUUUGGGAUAUGAAGAGAGACCCAACAGAUUUGGAGAUGCUAAAUCUUAUCCAAAAUCCAUUUUCUUUCCAUGUAGUUAACAAGAGAAGCUCUCCUCCACAGUUCUAUUUGAACAAAGAUGGGCCUAUACAUAUUGGAGAGCUCUUUAUGUGGUUCAACCAAGGUCUUGUUCCAAAGACCUUCCAAAUUGGCCAUGACGAAAACUGUUAUAAAUAUAAUAGCAGACAAUGAUUUUUAUUUGAGAAGUUCUUUAGCGAACACUGUAAUAAAAGAUUUUCACAUUAUGAAGUAUCUCCUGAUGAAUACUCAUCAGAGGUGCAUUUCCAACCUCCAGAACAAGAAAUUGAAGAAGAAGUCCAGCCAGAGGAGACUAAAGCUCAAGUAUCAACACCAUUCAUUGACCCAGCUAUUUCUGGGAUAAUAAAGGAUGAAGCUGUGACUAUCAUUGAUGCUUCUAGCCUUGAGCAGAACUUGAUGUCUCAGAUUCAUAGCAAUCAGAUGCCUUAUCCCACCCAUGGUGGGGGUCAGCCAAUCGACCCUGCUAUUGUAUCUUUCCAGACCCAUGAUCAAAGUGACAAGAAGUAUUAA